UGCGGCGAACCUCCCGGGGCCCUCGGGUGACGGAGCCGGAAAUGGCGCAUUGGGCCUUUCCUUUUCCUUUGCAGCGAGCGCCAGUUUGAGCAGUGCGGUCUUCUCCUGGGUGAGGGUUUGCGGCCAACGGCUUCUUCUCUGGCCCACCCGGCUGCCGAUCCCUCACUACAGUCGAAAAAAGAUGGUGGGCCGGAAUAGCGCCAUCGCUGCUGGUGUGUGCGGGGCCCUCUUCAUCGGGUACUGCAUCUACUUCGACCGCAAGAGACGGAGUGACCCCAACUUCAAGAAUAGGCUGCGAGAACGAAGAAAGAAACAAAAACUUGCCAAAGAGAGAGCUGGACUUUCCAAGUUACCUGACCUUAAAGAUGCUGAAGCUGUUCAGAAAUUCUUCCUUGAAGAAAUACAGCUUGGUGAAGAGUUACUAGCCCAAGGCGAAUAUGAAAAGGGCGUGGACCACCUGACCAAUGCGAUUGCCGUGUGUGGACAGCCGCAGCAGUUGCUGCAAGUGCUGCAGCAAACGCUCCCGCCACCCGUGUUCCAGAUGCUUCUGACCAAGCUUCCCACAAUUAGUCAGAGAAUUGUAAGUGCUCAGAGCUUGGCUGAAGAUGAUGUGGAAUGAGAAACAAAUGCCAACAUCAUAAUCUCCAUUAAAAGUGUUUUUAAAAUCCUAACUUGGAAGAUGAGCAGCUCUGGGGGAAUAAGGGCAAACAGGCUUGGUAUGGACUGUCCACUAAAUCUACCAAAGUCAACUUUUACUUUGUGUAGAUCCAUUCAUCUUUUAUUUAUUUUUCCCAGUGAAGAGUGUAUUUUGAUAGAGAGCUUUUCAUUUUAUAAAUACACUAUCAAUUACUGAAAUACCAUGGAUUUUGCUUAUUCCUAAAAUGUGUGAUUAAAAUGUACAUAUAACAUCAUGUUAUGUACAUCAGAAAUAUCCAGUGCUCAGUUUUAAAAGGCAUUAAAAUUAAAAGUAGGGGAAACCUGGAAAAUGCACUUUUCUUAAGCUAGUACAUCUUGCUGCAUGACAGAAAAUUGGGUGGAAACAAUGAUUGUCUUUAUCAAAACUGGGUAUUAAAGUCUUUGUGAGACCAUGUCUUUGCAUUUAAUCCUGCAAAAGUGUGAGAUGUACUGCUGUGCCGUGCUAACAGCCUUAUCCGCCCUGUGCAUCAGUCUGGGAACAUUUUGUUGGAGGCCGUGGCUUGCUGUGCUCUGGAUAUUAUCUCCUGGUGUUGUAGGUGCAUGCCGUUGCAAAUAGCACUGGGAACUAGAUGUCCGUGUGCCCCUGGUGUAGCUGUCGCGCUUCUCCAGUCACUGAUGCCUGCCCACUUCCCUCACUUGUGAGAUGAGGGGUUUGGCCUGUGGGUUCAUAGAAGCGUCCCUUGCAGCUCCUCAUUUGGUUGUGUUUCAGCAUUAUGAAAUCCAUCCUUCUGAGGGGCAAUCAGGUCUUGCAUUUUUUUAUUCUCUAAAUUUUGCAUGCUUGCCUGGCUUAGUAUUUCUGAAAGUAUUUUUUUUAAGGUAUUGUAACAUAUUUUUCACUGGAAUCAUGUGGUUCUGUCACUGCUCUUAUAAAUUAAUCUGAAAUUUAACCUUUAAGGUAACUGAGAUGAUAUGCUUGUAAAAACAUAUUUUUUUGCUUUUAUCUUAUGUACCUCCUUAAUCCUUUAAUCUGAUCCAUUUAUCUUGUUGUGACGAGAAUAAGGUAUAGCCUGUGGCUGGAGACGUGCAAAGACUGGAGGUGAUGGGACCUCUUAUUCACAAAACAGUGACUUGUCUGCAAUCCCUAAUUCAGUGUCAGACCUGAGGGUAAGGGUCUUUGUCACUAUAAUCCUGGUCAGCUGGACCAAACAGGUCUCUGCUUCUGUUCUAAAAAUCUCUGGAAACCCCAAAGUCUUUUCCUACAUGGACUAGGCUUUUUGUUUUGUUUUACUGACAAAGUUCUUGCACCUCGGGUUUUGCAGUGGCUGCGGUACAGUGGGAAGAGUUUGGGAUAUGAUUCUAGUUUCUGUCUUUGGAGCGCUGCCCCAGCCUUGGACAAGUCGUGUCGCAUCCCUGAACUUCUGUUACUCUCCUCUACAAAAUGAGGACUCACAGUUAACAACUUCCCCAGGUACCUUCCAGGUACCUGGAUCUACCUUGUGAUCCUGAACCUUAAAACAGUGCUUUUUAAAAAUUUAUUACACCUCGCAUGUGUUUCGGGGUGACCAGUAGAAACAUGCUGGUUAGUCAAUUUUACUAAUAGGAUCCCCAGUCCAAAGCAGGGGGUACUGGGCAUUGGUCAGUGAGCGGAAACAGUCUUCUAGCUUGCACCCACCCAAACGAACAAAAAAAGUGUUCAGAACAGAGGCCAUCAAGGCAGAGAAGAAUGAACACAGGGCCAGAGGGAAUAGAGGCGGGGGUUAACUUGGAUCUGGGAGGGUAUGAAGGAUGGGCCCUGGAGCCUGGAGUGCAUCCUAGUGGGAUGUCACUUGGCUUGUAGCUAAGACUGGCUUUGAUGUAGGCUUGCCAUGGAGGCAGUGGGGGCUUCACUUCAGAGCUGACUCAGCCAAGUGCACUUUCUUAUUUAAAUGAGAGCUUUGGUGCUUUAAAAAUAGGUACCACUUUUGAAAGCCAGCUGUGUUAGGUUAAAAAAAAAAUUACCCCCGGCAUGUAAUUGCCAAACAGUUUCCUGGAACCAGGCAGUCAUGCUGAUGCUGGCCAAAUGGUGCUCAGCUCCAGAUGGGAGCAGAGUGGUAGCUGUCGGCGUGUUCCCCUGUGCUUGUGUUGCACACGUAUAAUCUUUGGACAUGGGAAUAAUUGCACAUUGGCAUGCCUUUGGGGGAAGGGAUCUAUUGUUUGGUUCCAUGAUUUGUACUUAAAAGGGAAAGAGCAGUUAAACAGGCUUACCUGGUGGUAGCAGUGCUGUUCUCUUAACAGAUUCCUAACUUCCAUCCACACUUGACAUGUAAAACCUAGUACAGUGCGCGUAGUAGCCAAGCAGGCUGUUGACCUGCUUUCUGACCCUGUCAAAUCAAUCUAUGGUCCAGAGUGUGUUAAUGAAAUGUUAUUGCAGAAGAGAUUAUGAGAUAAUUGGUAUAUCAUGCAGCUAUCACAAUUUUCUUUCUAGUAACAUAAAUGCAGUUUUAUCAUUGCUUGUGCCUCAACUAUUUAAGUGACUAUUAAAGGGCUUGGAGAAAA